UCAACCGGCGGGAAUCACGCGGUGGAAUCUGUGGCUGAAACUUUAACCGUCCGUUAAAAAAUGUUCCUCCGGCGGCAGCUGUCACUGAGAGACCGGAUCACAGACGGAGGGAUGUGGCGGAGGAAUUAACUGAAGAAGGAAAUUUGACCGACAUUGUGACGUUCCGGAGCCUCGACGCAGAUCACCACUGUCUCCAAUGGUGCGGUGAUUUUUUUUUUUUUUUUUUUUCCUCUGAAAACAAGCGACUUUGUGCACAGCGGGUCUGCAGACCUCCACUAACAGCCGAGGACAACCGAGGUGUUGGCGCGUUGAAAGUGGAUCUCCAGUCGUUGCCAUUUCCCUCAAAAAUUGAAUUUUUUUUCUUUUUUUCUCCCUAAAAUGUUUGAGCAGCUCCUCGGAGGAUUAUCAGAGUCGCUUUCCAGUAAUGUGAUAUAUUAGUGAUCACGGAGGACGGAGCUGGACACCGCCCGGACCAGUUUUGAAGGCUACCAGGACCGGGAUUUCAUCCUCUUUUCGUUGGUGUGAGAGGUUGGGGGGGGGGGGAGAAAGAGAGAGGAAGACAGCAGCCUCCAGUCUUGCGGACUGACGGGUGGAAACCGACCGCGCACAUUGCCGGAAUGCUUUGGGAUUGAAAUUGUUUAAUUUGUUAAAGAGGCCCUCUACCUGGAGGAAUUUCUGCCAAACGGCUGCUUGGAUAAGUGAAAAAGGUUAUUUACACUCAAGGACACGGUCGGUGUUGGUGGGUGUAGUUUCUUAUAGUAUUGUUGUUUUGUGAAGCACAAACCGGAGCUGCAGCGCACGGAUUUCUACCGGGACUUGAGACGAACAUUAUCGGGAUUAAAGCUGCUAAAACCCGUAACGCCACUUUUCUCUGCUACAUUGGGUUUUGGAUUACUCCCUGAGGACUGUGCUCCAAUCAAACACCUCUCAACGUCCCUGUUACUUUAAAUCCGUUAUUGGAGUAACGUUAAUUGGGCUUUUUUUUGGGGGAGGGGGGCGAAUGGAAGGCUAAUAGGUGUUUUUCAGCAACCAUAUGACCCCCUCCACGCAUCCACCCACCCUUCUCGUUUUCAGGAUCUAUGUGCGUGAGUGCUUGUCGUGGGGUUGCACAGUGAGACCACCGGCACCUGGAUUCCUGGUUCACCCCCUUUUCUUCCCUGCUGCCUGACUGCGCGCACGCCUGUUCCAGUAAUCCCUGCUUCUGCUGCCGCCGCUUCGGCUGCUGCUGCUGUCCGGUCCGACACACACACACACACACACACACAUACACACACACACACACACACACACACACUCCCGUUUAUUCAGCCCCAGAAAACUACCAAGAUAGCCCCUCUCUCUCUUUCUCUCUCUCGGUGUGUGGAUGAGAAAGGAGUCGCGCAGGAGAGGAGAGCAGAGCAGGAGUUGGGAUAAAGCUGCCGAGCCUGAUCACCUUUAAAGCCUCUGGGGGGCUUUUGGUUGUGAUUUAACUCAUCCAUUAGUGGACGGAUCAGGGGGAAGAAGAAGAAGAAGAAGAAGUAAAAGAAGAAGAAUAAGAAGAAGCAGAAGGGAUUCUGGAGAAAAGAGACAAGAGAAGAGGAUUUGGAGAUCGAUGAAGGUGUCAGGAAGGGUUGACCUGGCGACCAGAUGACAGAAAAGUAGGAGGGUGUACUUGUUAGCUUGUCAUCCUGUUGUAACCCUGAGGCCAGUGAUGUGACUGGAAUGUGAAUUCAGCAUAAAAGGACUGACACCACCUGAGGACUUCCUGCUUCCCCAAGAAACUCAGGCAAUCUUGGCAAACUUUGACGGACAGCUGGCUCAGCCAAUGACAAACUUGGAGGACUUUUAACGCACGUCCUCUGGACAGAUGUACGUGGGUGUGAGCACCACAAGGACGUGCACGUGAACCCGGAUGAGCGCCAGCACUGCUUCGUGCCCCGUGAGAAGAGGACGGCCCUCCCUCCCUGUUGAAGAGCUGGGCUGCUGCUCAGUUGUUGCAGAUCAAAUCCAUCACAUCACAGCUGGACUUGAUCCUGACGCGCUCCCCUUGAUCACGAAGUACUGAGACCCUCUAAAUCAGGAGAGCAGCCAUGGACGUCGUCUCCACGCUGGUCUGCCCUCUCCUCCUCUUCUUUGUCGUCCUGUCCUCCCUCCCCUCCUGUUCCUCCUCCAUGCUGUGUCCAAAGCGGUGCACCUGCCAGAACCUGCUGCCGUCCUACACCGUGCUGUGUGCCAAGACGGGCCUCCUCUUUGUCCCACCCAACAUCGACCGCCAGACAGCAGAGCUCCGGCUAAUGGACAAUUUCAUCACGACGCUGAGACACCGCGACUUCGCCAACAUGUCCAGCCUGAUCCACCUGACCCUGAGCAGAAACACCAUCAGUCAGAUUCGGCCGUACGCCUUUGCUGACCUCCAGGAUCUCCACGCUCUCCAUCUGGAUGCCAACCGCCUCACGAUCCUGGAUGACUCCCACUUCCAGGGCCUGGUGAACCUGAGGCACCUCAUCCUGGCCAACAACCAGCUGCACAGCAUAUCAGAGGGAGCAUUUCAGGACUUCCUGGAGACCCUGGAGGACUUGGAUCUGAGCUACAACAACCUGGUGGACAUCCCCUGGGAGACCAUUGCCCUGUUGAUCAGCGUCAACACCCUGAGCCUGGACCACAAUCUGAUAGAGAGCGUCCCUGAGGGAAUCUUCUCCAACCUGCACAAACUGGCCAGACUGGACAUGACGUCCAACAAACUGAAGAAGAUUCCUCCGGACCCGUUGUUCCUGCGGAUCCCGGUGUAUGCCAAGUCGAAGGGCUCUCCUCUCACAGCGCUGGUGCUGAGUUUUGGCGGGAACCCUCUGCACUGCAACUGUGAGCUGGUCUGGCUUCGCAGACUGACCAGGGAGGAUGACCUGGAGACCUGCGCUUCACCUAAAGACCUGGCUGGCAAAUACUUCUGGACCAUCAGAGAGGAGGAGUUUGUUUGCGAGCCACCGAUGAUAACUCGUCACACCUCCAAGAUGUUUGUGAUGGAGGGUCAGGAGGUGAGCCUGCGCUGUAAGUCAGUGGGAGAUCCCGAACCUUCGACACACUGGGUCAGCCCGGACGGGAAGCUGAUCGGUAACACGUCCCGAACCAUCUGCUAUGAGAACGGUUCUCUGGACAUCCUCAAGGCCUCCGUCAAGGAUUCGGGGAAGUUCACUUGCAUAGCGUCUAAUGCAGCCGGAGAGGCAACAGCUCCCGUUGAAUUAGUCGUCAACCCUUCCCCACACUUUGACCCCAAACUGGACCCUGACCCGGGGCCUUCAGACAUCCCCACCUCCAUCAAAUCCAAUGUCAGCGGAGGCCAGGCCCGGUCCGAUCAGCAGAGGGUCAGCGUGUCGGAUCUAACAUCCAGCUCCGCCACCAUCAGAUGGCCCCCGCAGAACCACAUACCGGGCGUCCGCAUGUACCAGAUCCAGUACAACAGCUCCACAGACGAUAUACUCAUAUACAGGAUGAUCCCGGCCAACCACAAAUACUUCCUGCUGAGCGACCUGGCGUCAUCGCGGGACUACGAGCUGUGUGUCUUGGCCGUGUACGACGACGGCAUCACUGCCCUGACAGGCACCAAGCUGGUGGGCUGCGUGUCCUUCACUACAGAGACGGAGUACGGACGCUGUCACUCUAUACGAGACCAGUUCCUGGGUGGUACUAUGAUCAUCAUCAUCGGGGGGAUCAUCGUGGCCUCUGUCCUCGUCUUCAUCUUUAUCCUCCUGAUGAAGUACAAGCUGCACAGUAACCACUACAAACAGAAAACCGCCGCACGCCAAGCCAACGUCUGCUCCCAGACCAACGGAGGAGGUGGAGGCGGAGCCAACGUCCUCGCUCUGCCUCCAUCCUCCUCCUCCGCAGGCCAAGGUGGAGGUGCGAAUAAGAGCUCCCAACCGUCAUCAUCGUCAGAGGGGAUGGGAGGGGCUUCUCUUCGAGGGACAACUGUAGUGGACUUAAAUCCCACCCAGGAAGAUGACGCCAUCUCCCAAUAACACACAGUCCAGCCCACAACCCACCAAUCUUUAAGCCCAAACCAAUACUCCACCUCCCUCCCCCGUUUUUUUUAGUUUUUUUAUUUGUUGCUGGUGUCUGGAGCCAAACUCCACUUCAGCUGAGGAGCGGCUCCUGUCAUUGAUUUACUUACAUUCAGCUUCACAGCGCUGGAGGGAGAAGAGGCGGGAGAGGUGCCCCGAUAGGUUGCAUGGUCACGUCUGUCUGCUCUGCUGCAGUGAUCAGGUAUUCAACCCAGAGACACACACCCGACCCUCUGAUGCCACCUCAUACCACGAGCACGGGAUGUGAUGUAAACAUCCUGUAGGCAACUCGAGGAGGAUAAACAGCCUAAACCUGUUGAUAUGCACAAGUCUCCAGGCCGCUCGGAUCAGACAUGUGGGAUACAGGUCAGGCUCCGGGCUUUGAACACCGGCCCGUGUUUGGUGCUUAUCUGGGGCUUGAAACCUUUGGAUGUGAGGAAUCAUACUGAACAGUCGGGAAUCACUCCUUCUUCUUCUUUUCUGAAGGAAGUAUCCAGUGAUCUGUCGGGGCUCCUGGAUUUAGUCUCUCCAUUUGACAGCUGGGAUCUAUGCGGACACUAAAUGCUGCUCUGGGAAUAUAAUGGAUGGAUUACUGUGGAUUUGGGGAAAACCCAUUUCAUGACAUUUGUUCCAGGAUGUUCUCAGCUGUGGUUCGUCAAUGGUUGGUGGCACCACUCUUCUCUUUUCUCCAGCAUACAGUCAUAUGCCAAAGGAUUACUGCAGUAUUAUGACAGCAUUAUUACAAUAUCGGGAGAAUAUGCAGACUUCCAAAAGCACACACCUCUCUAUUAUCUCUUAGGAGUCAAAGAGAAAAAUACAUGUUGGGCCUUGGAUUAAAAAUACGAGCACAUCGUCAGCGUCUUGUCUCGAAGCAUCAAUAAUAACAAACUGUCAAACUAAACGGUGAACUUCUCUGGCACUUUAAUCGUGUGUUUUCAUUUCAUCUAUCUUCCCCUCUCUCUCUCUCUUUCUCUGUCUGUCUCUCUCUUUCUUUCUCUCUCUCUCUCUCUCUCUCUCAUUUUCAUGAACAACUGAAUAGUAUACUCUCCAGUAUUACCAGUCUAACUCUUCUGGCUGCGGAUGACUUAAAUAAUGUUGAAAUAAUCAGUGUGUUUGCGUCCAUGGUGGACUGGUUCUCUCUUUGUCGGAGUAUUAAAAAAACCUUUGGUGUCCCAAGAAGCCUUGAGGAACACCAGCGAGGAUUUAUUCAAAGCCAAACUUCAAGCACACAAGUCUGACUCUACAUUUGGUGGUGAAAAUGGUGAAUAUGAUGUUCUGUUUGACACGGGAAAAGCGACCAUAAGUGUUCCUACUACUAAACGCUGGCACUCGAGAUUGUUAAAUGUAUUAAGCGGUUGUAAAAGAUGGCCAGCAGAACUUGCGCUGUCCCGUCCCCCUCACUCCCCCUCGCUCCCCCUUUGCCGUUUGACAGUGUCUGUGUUUGUAUGUGACAUACACCUUACAGUCUUCGAUGGUUUGAUACCAAUGAUUUACUUUGAAUAUAACGAAACAAAUGACCACAAUAAGGAUAAAACACAACAACAAGUGAAAUGGGGAUUUUAUGCUUUCAUAGAUACAAUUAUGUGGAUUUAUAAUGAAAUAAAAAGGUAUUUUUCUUGG